UGAAAGCGUCACUGUCUCCGAAACUGGUAGCCAGAUCGCUACGCCUUCUUCCGCUGGCAAUGUCACUAUCUACAGUGGAGGCCCUGGCACAGUUCGACAGACCAUCUACAUCCCGCCUACAGCCUCUGGUGAACAAGGAACUGUUAUUAUUGAAACGCCGACAUCAGUACCAGAUGUUGAGGCAUCUGAGACAGUUGCUCCUACAGGUAUUCGCAACGUCACUAUUGUUAGUGGCGGCCCUGGCACAGCAACGAGAACUAUCUAUAUCCCACCAACGGCAUCUGGAGAGGCCGGAACUAUUGUCAUCGAGACACCAACUGACUCUUAUGAUGAUACCUCAGCCACUGAAACUUCCCAAGAGGCUGCAGCUACGACGAUUGCUCCUACGGUAUCCGGAGGCAAUGUCACAAGUAUCAGUGGCGGUCCAGCCAGCGUUACAAGAACAGUGUAUAUCCCACCUACUGCAUCUGGCGAGCCAGGAACAGUUAUCAUCGAGACUCCCACUGGUGAUGAGAAUAGUGGCAUGUCUGAGACUGGAACCAUUACAGAGGCUCCGGGCACAUCGGCGUCUCGUCGUGGCAACGUCACCAUCUACACUCAAGCUCCGGGAACAGCUGGUGGAACAUUCUACUUCCCACCUGACGACCCAGAAGAGUCGGGCACUGUCAUCAUUGAGACACUACCUGGUGAUGCCGAGGAAACUGAGGCUGGGUCUUCUGAAAGCUCAGUCGCUACAACUGCUGGUGGCCGAGUCAAUACCACGAUCUUCAGCGGUGGCCCAGUCACUGCCCCGCGAACUUUAUACAUCCCAGCCACGGUAUCUGGAGAGCCAGAUACCGUGCUUGUUGAGACACCAACCACUGGUCCAGAAGUAGAGCCGUCAGAACCAGCGACUGGCCAGAGAUAUACAACCAUCUUUGGUGGCGGCUCUGGAACAGCCA